UGUGUGGUGCGAUGCUGAGUGCAUAUUCCAAGCCACAUAUUUUUAGCUCUACCACACACUCAUGUACAGUUUUACGAACUUCCCAGAAAAAUGGUGAAUUCUCUGAGAUAAUGAAGGGGAGGUACAGAAUAGGGCUGAGGGGAGGGAGCAGGGAAUGGGCAUUGAUUUAAAUCUGCCUGGCACACGGGCCAGCUCCACUUAUCAGUGAGUCUAAUAGGAAUGUGAAGAGAAUAGGCUUGACAGCUCAUUAGAAUGUGAUCCCUCCUCCUUUUUUUCUUUUUUUUUUUCCCCUUUCUUGAAGUUGAUGGAAACUCAUUCAGGAAAGAAGUACUUAUUUGCUGAGGUAAAGCAAAAGCUGAGGAGGGUUUUGCCAGUGCGCAGCUGGGGAAAGGAGCAGCGAGAAAAAUCAGACGCGAUCUAUGCACAGAGGUACCUGAAAUCUUGCCUAGUGUGAGGGGAGAUGAGGAUGAAAAAGACACGAGAUUCUACAUCCUGACAGCUGCUUGCGGCAUCGGGACCUGCUGCUCAUGGUCUCAUUAAAGAGAAGUGAAGAUAAACUCAGAAGGCAGAGCACUUGGCUGAGCUGUGAUGCUUUCAGCCUCUUCAGGAGAGCAGCGGCUGUAGCAACCUUGGAUUACAGUUCCCCAGCAUCUUGAAUGGAAAGGAUGAGGACUUGUCACUGAGGAAAGGGAAGUAUCAUUCAAGAGAGAAUGGAUGGAACAUAUUCAAGCCUGCUUUGAACUGAACACAGUGCUUCAAAUGACAGAAAGUGAAAUCUCCUGUUGAAGAGGAACAACCUCACAACCCCCCUGAUGAGUUUGUGUUGUCAGCUCUGGCCUGAGCAACUGUUGCCCUGAGCAAUUUGACUUCUCUAGGUUUCAUAGUUGAGUGCAUUUUAAACGAGUCUGAAGACUUAUUGGGGGUGGGGGGGGAGCGACACUUCAAGGUGGGUGGCAGGACUUUCCAGGGCCUCUUGUAUUUAUGUAAGCUUCAAGAGGCUGAAUGGACUUACCUCUUUCUUCGAGUGAAUCCAGAUUUUCAAACAAGUUUAUCUAUACCAUUUCCAUGUGUCCUGCUUGAACAGAGAUCUCUCCAGCAACCAGCGCAUCCGUGCGUGCUGCACAUUUGACAUUGCAUAGCCCGGAGGAUCACCUUUAAUAGUUCUAACCUUUUUAUUUUUUGAGAGAGAAGUCUGUAUCUAUUCCUGUUAUUGGUGGUGAAGGUUUUUGUGCUUGGAGAGUGCCCUUCCUGACUUGGCCCCUCCCUUUUCAAAAUGAAGGGGUGCACCUGGGUAUUUGUGGCAACUUUACUUUGUCAGCAGUUUUGCCUCUUCAGAGUUACGGCAGCAAAGAGAGAGAGAAAGAUGAAGAAAGAACCUAAUCAGUAUACAGAGCCUUUCAAUGCUACCCUUUCAAACAGCGAAGAACUGCAUGGGCAUCCCAAGAUCCUAGAAUCUCCAGACCCUCGAAUCACAGAUCCACGGCGGACCUGGAUCUCCUUUGUUCACCGCCCAGAUGAUGGCAAUACUUCUAAAAGGAGAUGCAAAGGGAAAGACAAGAAAUUACGUGGCCUUGUUGGCCCCCCAGGACCCCCUGGUCCCCAGGGACCUCCAGGAGCACCUGGUGCUGAAGUCACCCGGGAAGUCCUUCUGCAGGAGUUUAAGGAGAUACUAAAAGAAGCCAUUGAGCGUCGAGCAUCCCUGGCUAUUUCAGCCCAUCCUAGCCAGCUGCCUCCACUCCUGCUCUCCUUGGAGGAAGUUUCGCAUCACAGACGUGUGGAGGAGGCAUUCCAUUGCAAGCUAAAAGGACAAGUCAUUGUAGAUAAGAAGACCCUGGUAGAACUUCAGAACUUCCAGUCGGUGAGAAGGGAUUACAGACUGAACCUGUGCAACUCCACAACAGCCAUUCCUCUGGCCAAAGGAGCUUUUCUCCGGGGGACAGGAUUAAAUCUGGCAACAGGACGUUUCACAGCACCUGUGUCUGGCAUCUACCAGUUUUCAGCCAAUGUCCACAUUGACCACAGUGAGUUGAAGAGUAAAGUCCAACUCCGAGCCAGAGAUAAUGUCCGAGUGUUGAUCUGCAUUGAAUCUCUGUGCCACCGAUACACGUCUUUGGAAGUCAUUGCUGGUCUGGAAAGUAACAGCAAAAUCUUCACUAUCUAUGUACAUGGCUUACUGCAGCUGCAGGCUGGCCAAUACACCUCCAUAUUUGUGGACAACAGUGCUGGAGCUCCCAUCACCAUUCAGAAUGGAUCAGAUUUCAUGGGCAUGUUAAUGGGCGCGUAACAUCAUCUGCAGCAGUGUAGCAGGGAAGGAUACGAAUUAGAGCCUUGCAGUGUAUAUUUGACUGAAGAAACCUUUACUUUGACUCUUGAAGAUGGCUUCCUGUAACUGUUGGCAUCUUCUUAAACAAGCAAAGAGCUUUUCCUUUCACAGAUACUUCAGCUUGCUUUCAGAGGCUACUGCUUUUCAAGGUCCACACCAGUUCGUUCAUCAUAAAAAGUAUACUUUUAUAAUUCAGAAACAAACUGUAAUAUUUAAUUUGUGCUUCACCAGAUGCUCACUGAACAAUACACUGAGAUUUGGAAUUUGUUACAUUAUAACUUUAUUUCACAAUAGCACUUGUAAUCAGCAUGUCUUUUGGGAUUGAUUGUGGGGUGUUUGGUUUUGUAAAUGAAGGAUUGAGAGGGGAAGUAAAAUAGUGACUAUAUUCUAUGUGUUGUGGAGGAAGGAGACAAGGAUUUGCCAGCAAAACUGCUUUUUUCAUUCAAUUGUAAAUGGUAUAGGCCCUCUCUCAUGUUCAAAAUUGGAUAUAUUUGACAAGAAGUAUGUUGAAUUCUCAGACAAUGCCUGCUUCACAGAUGGGAAUCCAAGGUCUGAACUCUUUAAUUGUGGUUCUUUAUAUCUAAGUAUUUCUUUGAUCUUAUUGAUGAAGCUGAAUACCUCGCUGCUUGUGCAGUUUUGUUUUUAUGAAAAGGUAAGGCCAACGGCACCAGUUCUAGCAUGAACUCCCUUACUUGUGUUCUUAUGUUUUAGUAAGAUGUACGUGUGGGUUUGGACUGCAUCACAUAAACAGCAUCCCCUCAGGUGCCGUAUAAUCAUUUGUAAAUGGGUCAAAUGCAUUACACUGGUUGUCAAAAGCCUGGCAAAGACAGUGAGGAUAGCAGCCUCGGAUCGGAUAUGUCACCUAUUUGGUGCUUGUUGAACUGCAGUGACACAAUGAGAUAAAACAUUGGGCAAGGCUUACUUCCAUCAGGUGGCCAGGGUCAUAGGGAGUCUAUCUGAGCUCUACCUGGAGCUUGAAAGUGCUGUCAAAGACCGUCCAGUGAACGUUUUCUGGAUUUCUACAAAUCUGUUUGCAAAUGUAAGCAUACGAGAUUGAGCCCCCAAAGCAGCUUUGCAUAUAGCUCCAGGCUAUAAACUCGUUUUAACAAAGUAAAAGGGUGUUGACAUUUCACGGGGUUAAGGUGUUACCCAAGAUGUGGUAACAUCCUUGUGAUGAAAAAAAAACCCUCAUUCAUUUAAUGUGCCUCUGUAUCCUCCCCUUUCAACAGGCACUUGGCCCUUUUAUUAAUUCAACUUAGCUAAGGAAGUGGUUGUAUAACAGUGUCAUGAAUAGAUGGUAGCAAGGCCCAAAAUGGAGUCCAGAUACUUGUUCUUGAAUGUUUGCAGUGAAUGGAAGAUAUCGUUUGUAUAGAGUUGCAAUUUUUGAUCAACUACAGUAUCUUUGUGCAAUGAAAACAGAGACUGCUGGGGACAGCAGAAGGCAUGAAAAAAAUGCCAUCCAUUGCUGGGUCUGAUCAAUACGUGAUGUUUCUACAAGCUCCAGUAAUACUGCUGUUGAGGUUGGUGGUAUGCAAAGAUGUCUUAUUUCAAGAGCUGUGGAAAAAUCUGCUGUAAAACAAGCAUGGCUGAAACUGUUUUUUUUUCAUCUCCAUUAUAAAUACCUUGAGACAAAACUUUAAGGCUACUAAAUGGUAUUUUUUCCUUUGUGAAGAACAUAUUGAAGUGAUACCUAUUGGAGGAGGAAGGAGAGGGUACAGGGAAUAAUCAAGUAGUGCUGUUACACAAGUAAACACGGGUAAAUUCCACUUUCUAGUCAGUGGAAUGCGGUUGUUCUAACUGGACCUUUGUGUCUGUCUAAAAUAUAGCAGCUAUCAAUGUUUAUACAUUCAUUCUUGCUCCACAAUACAUGCCAGAAUUCCUAUGGAUUUUCUUGUAAUACCCUUUGGGGAGAAUGUACUUUUAAGCAUAAACUGGCUGCUCCACUGGCAGAGAGGAGUCCACAGCUCUUGAAAGGCAUAGCAAGUAGCAACAGUAGUAAUUUCUGGAGCUUCAGAAAGCAUAUAACACACAUGAAUAUCACUAAACCCUAUCAAUAAAGAUUGGCUGUUUACACUGGGUUUUGACGGAGUGAGUGUAGUCAGGGCAAGUGGCCUAUAUCCCAGCAUGUAUUACUAUACUGUACUUUGUACUGUGUGAAUAUUUGUAAUAAAUCGGGCUGUUUCAUGCAUGACUUACAGCAACAUAAUCAAA